AUGAAGCUUAAUGUUUUAAAAUUCAAAAUUAGUCAAAUUUUUAUUGUUAACAUUUUGUGUUCAAACUUAAUAUUUUGUGAAGGUCCACUUCAUUUUCAAUACGAUUCUGACAUUAAAAUUCUGUCAAGAGUUUUUCAUGACAUUGUCGACGAGUUUAUUCUCAAAGAGAAUAUUCAGUUCAACAUUUUUAAUGUCAAAAUCAAAUCAGAAUUAAUUCUCGAUAUAAUAAGUGAAUUUUUGGCAGAAACAAAUGAAAGAUUUAAAUACAGAAUCAAAUCUCUCCAACAUGGCUGGAUCAAUUAUUUAGCAUCAAGUUUUAUUUUUCUUGAAUCAUUGGAAGACUUUAGUGUGCUUGAAAAACUCUCUAUAGUAAAACGAAUGAACCAUCAACCAGUCAAAUACUUUGUAUUCAUUUUGGAUUCAACUUUCAAACAAUUGAAAAAUUCUAAUGUUUAUAAUUUCUAUCGAGUCAUUCCUUAUUUCGAAGGUUCAAUUUUUCAAUAUUCAUAUUUUAUCACAAAUGAAGCAGAAACAGUAACAUUGUCAACAGUUGAGUGGUUUAGUCCUUAUGGAUGUAACCGACAAUAUCUUCUUAAAUUGAAUAGAUUUGUUAAAAAGUCACAAAAAUGGAAGACAAAACUUGAAAAUUAUGAAAAAUUCUUAAAUUAUCACAAAUGUGAGCUAGUCAUGUUCCUUCCAGUUCCACUUCCAGAUGGUUUAAUUGCACACACGUCAGGAUUUAGCAUUCCUAUUAACAACUUGACUAAUUUUAUAAUUUAUGGCAUAACUCCUGAAAUUUUCAAAAUUGCAGCACAAGUUAAUAAUUUUACAGUUGCUUUUCAACCAGGAAGGAUGGAUUUAAACUAUUUUUCAAAAGGAGAUCAAGAUUUUUCACCAAAAUAUGUUGACAUUAAUGGAACUCAUAAAGAUGCACAAGUUUUCUUUGAAUUAUCUAUUUUGAUUAGUUCUUUUAAAGAUUUAUGUUCAUCAAAUGUCGCAAAAAAUUUCCAUUUUUUGAUGCUUGUAACUCCAGCAGAAAAAUACACACCGCCAAAGUUCAAUGUAAUAAAUUCAGAGCAAUUUACAGAUGCAUAUCUAACUCAAUCAGACAAUUCUACUGCAAAAAUUGCGCUUGUAAUAGAUGAAAUUCUCAAAAGUCGAUACGAUUUUUAUGAAAACAAAGACAAUUUUGUUUGGAAUGAGCUCGAUGAGGUUCUAUUUACAUCUUUUGAUGCUUUUCUCUUCCACUGCAACUCAUUUUACUUUCGAAUGAUCAAUAAAAUCAUCAACAACUUAAUUCCAACUGGGCUUUUGAAUUAUUUGAUAAAUAACCACUACAUAAAGAGUCCAGUGGUAAAAACAAAUGAAAACAAACCAAAAGUUUUAAGUAUUAAUGAUCUUAAUGUUGGAUUUAAUAUUUGGCUUUUAUGUUGUUUACUUUCAUUUUUCACAUUUAUUGCUGAGUUUAUAGUUCGAUUUAUAAUUAUUAGAGUUAACAAAAAGCAAAAAAUUCAUCCUGAAUAUGAUCCUAUUGAAAUAGAAAUGAAAUGUAAUUUAAAGUCUGAACUGAUUGAAAAUUUUAGGAUAAAAACUAACAGAAGAGAAUAA